AUGAAGUGGGCCUUCGAGGACGACUUCGAGUCAAGAUUCCGCCUGAUGCUGUUCCAGGAUUCGGAUGUUCCAUGUCAGGUGUAUGCCCGAAUUCUAAAGCUAGAGAAGUCCUGCACGAAAAACAUCCAAUUUCGAGUGUCUGGGAAUGACGAUAGCGCCCACGCAACCGAAGGUGUGAUCUUCUGGGACGACAUCUGCAAUGAAAUUCGAAAAGUCCAGGAUGCGAACCUCGAUUUACACAUCUAUGUCGACCGAAGAGAGCAGGCUUGGGUCCUGCCAACUUCUCACGACAAAGAACAACAAUUCAACACAGCUGCCUUACUUAGCUUGCAAGAGGUGAUGUCAAGGCUGAAAUCAUAUGACCAAAAGCGCUAG